AUCGACCCCCGCUGCCACCCACAGCAGCUACGGCUUUUCCCGGUACGGCGGUCGGAAAAGCACUCGGGGAAGCACCCACAUUGCCUACGAACAGACCGCCUCCUGAAGACGUACUCAAUAGACCGCCUCCACCUAAAGACGUGCCGAACAGACCGCCCCCUGAAGACGUACUCAAUAGACCACCUCCUGAAGGCGUACCCAAGAUUCCGCCUCCCGAAGACGUACUCAACAGACCGCCCCCCGAAGACGUACUCAACAGACCGCCCCCCGAAGACGUACUCAACAGACCUCCACCUGAAGACGUACCGAACAGACCUCCACCUCCUCCUGAAGAGUUCGUCUUCGAUGCCUGUUGCUUGGGCAAGUCUCCAAAAGAAGAUUUGGACUCGACCACCGGCUUCGGGACAGGCGGCCAGUCAGGCUUGGGGACA